UGGUCCUUAAAGUACUUCAAGAAGAAAACUAGCAGCAAAUAUUUUGUGAACCUUGUUGAAAAGUAGAAGUUAGCCUGUCUGGUGGUCGUCCCCCCGGAUGAGCGGUCACCAUGCACACCAUCAAGACUGUGGAGACCCAAGUCCCCUUUCUGAAGGAGAGUUUCUUCACCAGCACCUUCAAGGACCGCAGGAAGAGCAGCGUCACCGGCGUGCUGCGCAAACAACAACAACAACAACAACAACAACAGCCUCCUCCUCCACUCGCUCGCUCUGACAGCAGCCCGUUAUGCAACAGACCUGAGUGGACGGGGGCAGGCGGGGACAGGAAGGAGGGGCGAAAGGAGAGGGGAGUCCUGACUGGGAGGGGGGGUGAGCGAGGAGCGAGCGGCGUGGAGCCUGAGGCUGUCACCGCCAGUCUCCGCCUCCUCUCAGCUUCAGCAUCAUCCUCACAGCUGCCUCCCACUCUGCCGGGGAAGCAGGCGGGAUCAGGCGCAGGAGCCCGCCAGGACCCCCCGCGUCAGGGCCAGCAGCAUGGCCUCCUAGCCAGGGGGGUGCGCCUGCUCCGGAGCAUGGGCAACCAGGAGGCCAAGCAGAAGAAAGGCGGGAACGGCGGAGGUGGAAAGGAUGGAUCGUGCGACGGCGGGGAAGCGGAUAAGAAAUCCAAAAAGUCCAGCAAGGCCAACAAAGCAGGUGGGAAAUCCAAGUCGGAUUCCAAGGUUUCGGUCUUCUCCGGGAUGAAGAUCAGGAAGAGUUCCAAGGCCAAGGGAAUGUUCAAGGAUGACUUGCUGGAGGAUGAGAGGUCGGCUCAGGCUGGGAAAUCAGACCUUAAGCUGAGAGCGAGCCUGUCAGCUGACGAGAUAGGAAUGCUGUCGGAUUUGGAGGGUGAACUAAGCUGCUUGACCGCAGGAAGCCAACAAUCCAUCCUGGACAACAUGUGCCUCAAGACCGGCUCUGGAUCGGACGUAGACCUCUACAGUUUUCACUCGGCCUCAGCCGACACCGAGGACCUGCUCUCGGACAUCCAGCAAGCCAUGAAAAUCCAAUCGGGUGAGAAGUCAACCUUCCAUGGAGGCAAAACCAAAGUUCUAGCCCAUCAGGCUUUUAGCUUGGACAAGGACCGUCCAAAGAACGCAUCUGAGAGCACGCCGAUGUCCAGAGAUUCUUCAGUUCCUGGGUCGCUGAAUGAGAGCGGACCGUCCACCGAGAGGAGCAGUGGAAGUCUCUUCCCAAAGACCAACAGCACCUACAGCUUUCCAGACACCUUGACCACCACCACGUCCUACGAGAGCGCCGAGGACGAACCCAGGCAGGAAAACUGGACGUCUCAAGGCCAACACCCAGGUGUGCCACGAGUUCAGGUUGAGCCUGUGAGUCCUGGUCCUCACAAGAGUGCAAGCAGCAUGGAUCUGUCUUCAGGGCCGGUGGAGGACUUCCUGUCCCUGAGGAAGAAGAGCAGUUUAUCAAUAAGUCUGCCGACAACCGACAGCAGCUGUGCUUCCCAGUCUCCCCCGACUUCCUGCGUCACCCCGUCCACCGUCAAACUCUACCCCCCAGUGCAUCCCUCCUACGUGAAGACCACCACCAGGCAACUCACCUCCCCUAUCGGAUCCCCCCUCACCAGCCCCUGCGUGCCCAGGAGAACAGACUCGGCAGAGGCAGGGGACGCCCAUGGAGGCAGAGCACGCAAGCAGAGGUCCAGCUCCAUCGCAGGACCGCUCGGCACGUCCGCCGACUGGUCCGCCCAACCGGACGGAGCGGGGGCUGCCCUCUCGGAGCAGGAGAUACAGGAGAAGGGCGGGGCUUACUGGACGCUGGGCUCCAGGAGGGCCCAUUAUGGACACUCCAGGUCCUCCAGGGCGACGGCAUCUUACCUGGACAUCUUCUCAGGUCGCUCCCUGCUGGACCGCCUGUGCCUGAGUCCGGACCAGGCCUGGUCCGAGGAGCAGGCCCAGGACAUGUGUCAGAGGAUGCUGACUCGGGGGCUGCUGCACACCUUCACUGACAACGCCGCCGGUCGCCAUGGUGACACCAAGCCAACCUUCCAGGUGGAGCUGCUGUACACCUGGGCCACGGUGGGCCUGCCAGUGUCCUCACACCUGUGGGAGCUCUAUGGGGGGAGAACCCUGCAGAACUCUACUUCACCUGUGCAGAACAAGACCGCUGCAGGAGCAAGACCUCACCUGCAGAGCGAUCCCAGCAGGUUGAAGUCCGCUCAGUCUUCCUCGGAGGAUGAAGGCGGCUUCAUAUCCCAGCUGGAGAAGACCAUCCAGGACCUCCGUGUGAAGGUGGCCGUCCUGCAGAGCCAGCAGGUUAGCGGGGGUCAGGAGGUGUUUGUCCAGACGUCACCAGUGAAGGAGAAGUGGGGAGCUGAGGUGGGAUUCAUCUGCACUUGUCAGCAGACUGGGACCCCUCCCCCACCACCCUUACCUGGGCUUGCACCUUGCCCUCCUCCGCCCCCACCACCCUUACCAGGGCUUGCACCUUGCCCCCCUCCACCCCCACCGCCACCGCCCCCUGGUUUCGCCGCUCCGCCCCCACCGCCCCCUCCACCCCCAGGUAUGGGCCCCCCUCCGCCGCCCCCGCCCCCUGGAAUGAUGGGUCCCCCGCCUCCGCCAGCACCCCCAGGCCUUGGCCCCCCACCACCACCAGUGGGGCCCGUGCUCUCCAAGUCGGCGCAGGAAGCGGCCCCUGCCAAGGCCAUGGUGGAGCCCCCCAAGCCAAUGAAGCCGCUCUACUGGACGCGCAUUCAGCUCCACGCUAAGAAACCAGCCGGCUCUCUGGUGUGGGAGCAGAUCCAGGAGCCGACCGUGGACUUUGAAGAAUUUGUGGAACUCUUCUCCAAAAGUGCUGUGAAAGAAAGGAAAAAGCCCAUUUCAGACACAAUCAGCAAAUCCAAAGCCAAGCAGGUGCUGAAGCUGCUGAGCAACAAGCGCUCUCAGGCUGUUGGCAUCCUCAUGUCCAGCAUCCAUCUGGACAUGAAGGACAUCCAGAAUGCCGUCCUAAAUAUGGACAACACCGUCGUGGAUCUGGAGACCCUGCAGGCGCUGUAUGAGAACAGAGCCCAAAGUGAGGAGUUGGAGAGCAUCAGGAAACACAUCAAGUCCGCUACGGACAAGGAGGACACAAAGCCGCUGGACAAGCCCGAGCAGUUUCUGUUCCAGUUGUCAGAAAUUCCCAACUUCUCGGAGCGAGUCUUCUGCAUCCUCUUCCAGAACACUUUCCAGGAGAACAUCAGCUCCAUCCUGCGAAAACUGCAAACACUGCAAAGAACAUGCAAGGCUCUUCAGAGUGGCAAGUGUGUAUUGCAGGUUCUGGGACUGGUGCUUGCUUUUGGGAACUUCAUGAACGGAGGAAAUCGCACUCGCGGGCAGGCUGAUGGUUUCUCUUUGGACAUUCUGCCCAAACUGAAGGACGUGAAGAGCAGUGAUAACUCCCAGAGUCUUUUGUCCUACAUGGUUGCUUACUAUCUGAAGCACUUUGAUGAGAAUGCUGGAAGAGAGACCAGCGCCUACCCUCUACCUGAGCCGCAUGACCUCUUCCAGGCCUCCCACAUGAAGUUUGAGGACUUCCAAAAAGACCUGCGCCGGCUGAGGAAAGAUCUGACCGCGUGCUCCAGGGAGACGGACAAAGUAUGCAAGUUGUCUUCUGAAGACAACCUGCAGCCCUUCAAGGACAAGAUGGCCGCCUUCGUGAGCCAAGCCCAACUGGACCUGGAAGCGCAGGAGAAGCAGCUGGCCGACACCCAAAAGACCUUCUUGGAGUUGAGCGUGUCCUUCUCGGUGAAAGCCAAAGCCGGCGAGAAGGAGGUCUCUCCCAACACCGUCUUCAGCAUCUGGCACCAGUUCUCCACCGACUUCAAAGAGCAGUGGAAGAAGCAGAAUAAGCUGAUGUUGAAGGAGCGGCUGAAGAUGGCGGAGGAGUGUUUCAGACAGGCCAAGGAGAAGAGCUCCUACAAUGUGAAAGCCAAACAUGCAACAGGAAUAAAAGCCAAGCUGGUGCAGAAGAUGUAGAACAGAGAAGACUAAUCAGAUGUAGAACAGAGAAGACUAAUCAGAUGUAGAACAGAGAAGACUAAUCAGAUGUAGAACAGAGAAGACUAAUCAGAUGUAGAACAGAGAAGACUAAUCAGAUGUAGAACAGAGAAGACUAAUCAGAUGUAGAACAGAGAAGACUAAUCAGAUGUAGAACAGAGAAGACUAAUCAGAUGUAGAACAGAGAAGACUAAUCAGAUGUAGAACAGAGAAGACUAAUCAGAUGUAGAACAGAGAAGACUAAUCAGAUGUAGAACAGAGAAGACUAAUCAGAUGUAGAACAGAGAAGACUAAUCAGCUGAAGUACAAUCAGACAUUUUCAGCCAACAUUAUAUUGUCUUGUUGAAUGGAUGUAAGAAUGUUGCUCUAUUAUGACAAGUUGCAGGAGAGGAAUGCUCUCUGGCAGCACUUAUUGAAUUAUGACUUGCAGGAGACGAACUUAAGCCGAGGGGAUUAAAUGGAGAUGCCAGAAAGUGCUCUCUGCCAAUUUGUAGCACCGCUGUGCAGGCUGUAUUUUAUAAGUCAUACAGAGUGGAGACCACGCUCUCUCUUUAUAGUCUGGUAUGGUUCACCUUCUUCAACAGGCAGGUAGAGACAUCCUUCACAGUGCCUUAAUACACACACACACACACACACACACACACACACACACACACACACACACACACACACACACACACACACACACACACACACACACACACACACACACACACACACACACACACACACACA